AGAUAAAAUGCUCAGCCCUAAGUUCAAGUAUAUAUUAACACAACGUAAUUUCUAAACUGCGAUUGGAACAAGAGGUUUUGAGAUAUGCUAUAGAUAUCUAAACUCAAGAAUAAAAAACGUAAAAAUAUUAUUUACUUGCAGAACAUGUAUAAGUAACAUAUUUUUGAAUGUCCCCUAAAUUUUAUAUAGAAUCAAAUGCCAUAGGGUAGUGUUUUCUGCUUUGCUUGUAAAAUGAAAAGUUUCAGUGGAAAAUUAUUUUUACUUAAUUAUGUACAGGAAAUGAUUUGGAACGAAUAAAAUGUUUGUAUUGGUCCCUGAGAAAUUAUUUUCAUAAUGCUAGCUACUCUAGUUUUGUAAAGAAAAAUGUACCUAAUAGACCACAUGCACUAUCAUUUAACAUUGUCUUCACUGUCACUAUUUUCCUAAUAAUAACAUACAAAGUAAGGAAAAAAACAGAUUUUUAUUUAUCUAGGCAUGAUAAAAAUAAGCAAAUUUAAGCAAAAAAAAAGAAGAAAAAAGAAGCAAAUGUAGGAAAUCUGACUAAGAUAGAGAUGUAUAUAUUGAAGAAAAAAAUAACACUAGUUAGAGAGAAAAAAAUUCAAGAUAGUAAGAUAAAUAACUAUAUAAUAUUGAAGAAAACUAUAGAUAUGCAUUGUUAUUAGUUUGUAUGGUUUCAAUUUACCCUCAGAGAUUUAAUACCUUAAUAGUUAAACAGACAAUAAAGAAUCCUCUUAAUAAAUAGAGAGUUCAUUUCCUUGAAUCUAACACAAAAGAAAUAAGACAUCACUCAAUCCGACCAAAGUUUUACAAAACAAAUUGUUAACCAAGCUAUGUCUCCUUCAAACUCCUCCUCCUCACCCGCGACUGAUCAGAGACUCAAUGAUAUUGUUGUGGCCGUGCCGGAGAAGAGUUCAAUGACGAAUCCUAAACAAGUGUCUCCUCAAGAGGUCGUGCCUGAAGUGAACAAUCCGACACAAGGGUCUCCUCAAGAGGUCGUGCCUGAAGUGAACAAUCCAAAACAAGUGUCUCCUCAAGAGAUCGUGCCUGAAGUGAACAAUCCAAAACAAGUGUCUCCUCAAGAGAUCGUGCCUGAAGUGAACAAUCCGAAACAAGUGUCUCCUCAUCAAGAGGUCGUGCCUGAAGUGAACAAUCAGAAACAAGCGUCUCCUCAAGAGGUUGUGCAUGAAAUGAACAAUCCAAAACAAGUGUCUCCUGGAGAGGUCGUGUCUCAAGUGAACAAUCCGAAACAAGUGUCUCCUCAAGAGGUUGUGCCUGACCCGAACAAUCCGAAACAAGGGCUUCCUCAAGAGGUUGUGCCUGAAACUGAAAGCAAGAAAACUCAGAGGGCAAGUUUCGAGUUACGUGUUCUCCGAGCAAUAAACAAAUUGAUAAAAAAAUAUCCAUCGUUGGAUAAUCAUUCCCUUAUUUGUAACAUCUGCAAGAGAGGGUUCCCCAACGCUAACUCCCUAGGCGCUCACCAAAAGACCCACAAGCAUGACCUAGAGUUGGAAAGGAAGCUGAAGCAGGCGGAGCCAAUCUAUUCUCCUCCUGGUCCUGGACAAUGCUUUUGGAAGAAACAUGAUAACUCUUACCAAGGUACGACGUCUAACGCUUUAUCAAAUGAUAAGCAUCUUGGUAUCUCUCGUGAGUCCAUAGGAGGAGAGGGUAGUAGCGUCAGAAAAAUGAACAUUGGCGAGGUCAUGGGUUAUCCUUCGCCUCCUCCAUACGGGAAUACUAACUAUGGUUUUUCUUCAGGGGCUCCCUUAGUCACUCACAACUAUAACCGCCCUAAUUUAUCAGAUUUUAACCGUAGUGGUCUCUCUUUUGGUCCUUUUAAGCCUAAUGGAGGCGGUAACUACCCAUACCCUCCUUUCACAAUGAACCCGAGCUAUGGCUCACAUGAUUCAAAAAUUAUGAAUUCUAUUUCUCAACCUAAUACCUUAGGGAGCUGUAGCAACAACAACAACAAUAACAGUAGCUCACAAGGUGCAAUAUCACUUGAGCUCUCUCUUGGUCCAUCUAAGUGGAUGGGAGGCGGCAACAAUAACAGCAGCGUCUACCCAUCGUUGAAUGGUGGAGUCACUGGAGGAGGAAGCAUGGACCUGAACACGCCAGUGCGUCCUCUUGUGUCUCGAAAUCAUUUUUACAGCAAUUACCCGCUUGAUUCGUUCACUAGCAACGUUCCUCCUCCUCCUCCUCCUUCUCCAGCCACCAGUCUUUCUAAUGAUGAGAAUGUUCCGGGCUCUAGCCUCAUCUCGAAGGAGAAAAACAAAGCCAUGGUGGUUGAUGAUGGUGAAAAGGAUAACGGGGUGACUGGAGGUCAUGAUGCGGAUAAGCCGGCAGAAGUUUAAGCUAAGCGUUGGGGUUGUUGUUCAUCUUCUUCCCUUUGUGUUUUUCAAUUUUAAAUGCUUUGUAUUGUCUCAUAACUAUUUGAAUCAUUUCUUCACCUCA